AUGAAUGAACAAGAUAUUUUAAAGGAUUUCAAAGGAUCAUUAAUUAUUGAUUCAGAAGGAAAAAUUUUAAGUGCUGCAGGUACUUUACAAGAAGAAUUUUAUAACUCACAAGGAUUCGCAACUACUAUUCUUUCAAUGUUACACGAUGUAAAUGUUAUUACUACUUCAAAUAAACAAGAAUUUAAAAGAAUGACAAAAAAUUUGACCAGUCUCAAAAUUGACUUUUCUUUAAAUCAAAUUGAAAUUCCAAGGGCUUUAAAGUUAUUACCAGACUUGAAAUUUAAAUCAAAUAAAUCAAAUAAAUCAAACAAAUCAGUGACGACAUCAGUUAGUGGUGACACCAAUCUCGAGGCAAAAAAAUAUAAACUUAUCGAAUAUUAUAUGGUUCAAUAA